AUGUCGAAAGCCGAAUUAGCACAAUUAGAAAGAACAAUUCAACGAAAGCAGGCUGAGCUCGACCAAUUAGAAGACCAAAUUAUUAAUGGAAAGCAAGAUAAAGAAGCUAAUUCAGAAGAAAUGAAGCGUUUUAAUAGAUUACAGAAAAUGCUUGAUAAAUACAGAAAAUUUUUGUUUGGAGAACUUAACAACGUCAACAUAAAUCCAACCGGAAAUCUUGAUGAUCUUACUUCGAAAGUUUUAGCAAAAUAUAAUAACGCAAUUGCUCGUAAAGAAGCUGAACUUGAUAAAUCGAUAGAUGAAUAUAACAAAACUGUCAGAGAUAUUAAGGAUUUAAGGAAAAAACUUGCAAGUCUCCAAGAUUCAGCCAACGAAGAAAAAUCAAAGAGGGAUGAAGCAAAAAGAGCAAAACUGCAAGCAAUCAAAGAUUAUAAGAAUCAAAUUUCGGAAAUUAAAGAUAAGGUUUUACAAUCAAAAUUGGAAUUUCAAAAAUUGAAAUUCCCAACAAUGGAAUUUCAAGCUCUCCUCAAAGGAGUUCGCCAGAACCUAGGCAAAGCACAACCAAAUCUAAAGUCAUUCCAAGAUCAAAUCGAUGAUCAUUGGGAAAAGGAAGACGAUCUCGAAAAACAAUGUGACGAUUACAUCGCUAAAAUGGAGAAUAAAAUAAAUCAGCUCACCGAUCAAAUAAAGCAGACAAAAACUGACAUUGAAAAAGCAAAAGCUGCUCAAAACAAAUUUAACACAGAACAAACUGAAGCUGCAAAGAUUAGAAAUGAAGUUGCUCAGAUUAAACAAAAUCAGAAACAAUUUUUCUCCAAGUUUAAUAAUGAAAUCUCAGCACGUAAGUUAAAUUGGGGAAUGAAGAUUGACAACGUCGAUAAGACAUUAUUUAACUUAAUUGGAAAUCAAAUGCAGGUCAGUGUUUCUGAAUUAUCAGCAAGUAAUCAAAAAUUACUUGACAAGAAGGAUCUUAUCCAACCAGUACGCCAAGUUGUCGCCUCUGAUAUAAAGCCAAGCGUUAUCCCAGUUCCUCCUGCAGGUAUUAAAAAAUACAUUGAAAUGCGAAACGAAGCAACGAAGUUGUGCUCUGAUAAACAGGAAAUUAAGUAUUUCCUUUACGGACUUGAUAGACUUAUACAGAUUUACAAGCAGAAAAAGAAACAAAGAGACGAUUCGAAGGCAAAAUACGAAAAAGACCAAGUUACAUUCGAAACAAACUAUCUGGCACAAGUUACCAUUGCACGUAGAGGUAAGGUUAGAUUUUAA